AUGCCUACACAAAGGCGCCGCCGUCCCGUCCAAGACGAGGAAUCAGAGGAAGAUGUUCGCACCCGUCAACGGAACAGGGCGGACUCUGAGAACGAGAGCGAACAAGAAGCUAGUGAUGUCGAAAUGGAUGGAGACCAACAUCAUGCCCAGAGUGCCGACGAUCAACUGGUGAAGAAGCUGGUGCGGUAUGUUAUUUCCUGCGAAUAUUCGAGAACCGCGCUCCGCCGAGACGGUAUCAAAGAACGAGUCCUCGGGACCCAAGGCCGAUCAUUCAGGCGGAUAUUCGACUUGGCGCAGACACAGCUCAAACGGGUCUGGGGCAUGGAAUUAAGGGAGUUGCCUGUUAGAGAGAAGAUGUCACUCCAGGAAAAGCGACAAGCUAUGAAGUCCAAUGCCCAGCCCAAGCUCGGUUCUGGCGCCUACAUCCUGACGUCGAUAUUACCAGAGGCGUAUCGCCAUGCAUCAAUUCUUGCCCCAUCCAAGACACCAAGUGCGGACGACGAAGCUACAUACGCAGGAUUCUACACAAUGGUCAUUUCGGUAAUUUUCCUGAGCGGUGGAGAAUUGAGCGACCAGAAGUUGAAGCGCUAUCUCCAGCGGCUUAACGCCGACCGGAAUGUGUCAAUGGACAAGACAGAAAUAAUCCUGAAGAGGAUGGAGAAACAAGGCUACGUCGUCAAGAGAGUUGAAAGACCACCUUUGGGUCAAGACGGCGACCCGACUACGACGUGGCAUGUCGGUCCUCGUGGAAAAGAAGAAGUUGGUAUUGACGGCGUGAUGGGCAUGACGCGGGAGGUCUAUGGCGACAGCUGGAAUGAUGACAACGAGAAGAAGCUUCGUGCGAGUCUAAACAUCAGGGAUGCGCCUCAGCAGGACGGCGACGAAGACGAUGAAGCCGUGGGCGAGGGCAGUCGAAUGCAGGGAUAA